AUGUUUGGUAUGAUGGCUCCUCUUCGGGCCGCGGUCGCAGCCGUGCUGCUGCGGGCGGUUGUCGCCAUCCAGAUCGUGGACGAGGCGGGCAGGGACGGGCCCGAGGAGAUAUCAGGGGAGAGCGCUGAUGUGUUGCGCAAGAUAUUGGGGGCCAGCGCCAACGCAGUGCAGAAGCGCCAUGCAGAGGAGGCGGCGACUGCUGCCGCGGAGGCCGUAGAGGCAGAGAGGAAAGCCGUGGCGGCGAAGGCUGUGGCGCCGCCAGCGCCAGCACCGAUCACGGAGGACCGCAAUGAGAAGGCUGCAUCGAAUGCCAGGACCGCGGAGGAGGCGUCUAAGGUUGCAUCGAAGGCCAAGGCUGCCGAGAAGGCUGCCGCGGCGGUCAAGGCGGCAGCGGAGGCGGCGAGGGCUGCCGCGGAGGCCGAGGAGGCCGAGGUGGCGGCGAGGAAGGCCGAAUCGGCAAAGGCUGCAGCAGAUGCCAGGGCGGCCGAGGAAGCGGGCAAGGCCUUCGCGGAGGCCAAGGCUGCCGAGAAGGCUGCCGAGGAGACCGAGGCGGCAGAGAAGGCGGCGAAGGCUGCCGUGGAGGCCAAGGCCGCAGGCGAGGCCAAGGCUGCCGCGGCGGUCAAGGCGGCAGCGGAGGCGGCGAAGGCUGCCGCGGAGGCCGAGGAGGCCGAGGUGGCGGCGAGGAAGGCCGAAUCGGCAAAGGCUGCAGCAGAUGCCUGGGCGGCCGAGGAAGCGGGCAAGGCCUUCGCGGAGGCCAAGGCUGCCGAGAAGGCUGCCGAGGAGACCGAGGCGGCAGAGGCGGCGAAGGCUGCCGCGGAUGCCAAGGCCGCAGUCGAGGCCGCCAAGGCUGCUUCAGAGGCCAGGGCCGCAGAACAGGCUGCGAAAGCUGCCGCGGAGGCCAGGGAGGCCGAGGAGACGGCGAGGAAUGUCGCAGCGGCACAGGCUGCAUCGAAUGCGGAGGAGGCGUCUAAGGUUGCAUCGAAGGCCAAGGCUGCCGAGAAGGCUGCCGCGGCGGUCAAGGCGGCAGCGGAGGCGGCGAAGGCUGCCGCGGAGGCCGAAGAGGCCGAGGAAGCGGCGAGGAAGGCCGAAUCGGCAAAGGCUGCAGCAGAUGCCUGGGCGGCCGAGGAAGCGGGCAAGGCUUUCGCGGAGGCCAAGGCUGCCGAGCAGGCUGCCGAGGAGACCGAGGCGGCAGAGAAGGCGGCGAAGGCUGCCGCGGAGGCCAAGGCCGCAGGCGAGGCCGCCAAGGCUGCUUCAGAGGCCAGGGCCGCGGAACAGGCUGCGAAAGCUGCCGCGGAAGCCAGGGAGGCCGAGGAGACGGCGAGGAAUGUCGCAGCGGCACAGGCUGCAUCGAAUGCCAAGACCACGGAGGAGGCGUCUAAGGUUGCAUCGAAGGCCAAGGCUGCCGAGAAGGCUGCCGCGGCGGUCAAGGCGGCAGCGGAGGCGGCGAAGGCUGCCGCGGAGGCCGAGGAGGCCGAGGAGGCGGCGAGGAAGGCCGAAUCGGCAAAGGCUGCAGCAGAUGCCUGGGCGGCCGAGGAAGCGGGCAAGGCGUUCGCGGAGGCCAAGGCUGCCGAGAAGGCUGCCGAGGAGACCGAGGCGGCAGAGAAGGCGGCGAAGGCUGCCGCGGAGGCCGAGGAGGCCGAGGAGGCGGUGAGGAAGGCCGAAUCGGCAAAGGCUGCAGCAGAUGCCUGGGCGGCCGAGGAAGCGGGCAAGGCCUUCGCGGAGGCCAAGGCUGCCGAGAAGGUUGCCGAGGAGACCGAGGCGGCAGAGAAGGCGGCGAAGGCUGCCGCGGAGGCCAAGGCCGCAGGCGAGGCCGCCAAGGCUGCUUCAGAGGCCAGGGCCGCGGAACAGGCUGCGAAAGCUGCCGCGGAAGCCAGGGAGGCCGAGGAGGCGGCGAGGAAUGUCGCAGCGGCACAGGCUGCAUCGAAUGCCAGGACCACGGAGGAGGCGUCUAAGGUUGCAUCGAAGGCCAAGGCUGCCGAGAAGGCUGCCGCGGCGGUCAAGGCGGCAGCGGAGGCGGCGAAGGCUGCCGCGGAGGCCGAGGAGGCCGAGGAGGCGGCGAGGAAGGCCGAAUCGGCAAAGGCUGCAGCAGAUGCCUGGGCGGCCGAGGAAGCGGGCAAGGCUUUCGCGGAGGCCAAGGCUGCCGAGAAGGAUGCCGAGGAGACCGAGGCGGCAGAGAAGGCGGCGAAGGCUGCCGCGGAGGCCAAGGCCGCAGGCGAGGCCGCCAAGGCUGCUUCAGAGGCCAGGGCCGCGGAACAGGCUGCGAAAGCUGCCGCGGAGGCCCGAGCUUCAGAGGAGGCGGAGGCCGAGGCUGUUUCGGAGGCUGCGAGGAAUGUCGCUGCGGCAAAGAGCACAGCGAAUGCCAAGACCGCAGAGAAGGCGCCUAAGGUUUCCGCCGCAGCCAAGGCUGCCGAGAAGGUUGCCGCGGCGGCCAAGGCGGCAGCGGAAGCGGCGAAGGCCGCCGCAGAGGCCGAGGCGGCCGAGGAGGCGGCGAAGACUGCAGCAGUGGCACAGGCUGCAGCGGCCACGGCCGAAGAGGAGGCCAGGGCUGCAGAGAAGGCAGCGAAGGCUGCAGCGCCGCCAGCUUCUGGCCUGCGUGGAAGCACCGUUGGGACAAGGCUCGCGUAG